UUAGGCCUUAUUGGAGAGAUAUAACCCAUUAAUCGACCUAACAGCGGAGGAACGGAUAGAAGCGACCGCACGACGAGUCGGACUGAACAUGCCCAAGAUCCAUGCGCCUGAUUCCCAGGACACGUAGUAACACUUGAGUUACUAGGUGCAUUGUUCAACUUCUGUUCACCAGGAGUAUCGACUCAACAAAAGGAUGUCAGGCGUAGUAUAUCAUGAUGCCCGAGCUCGAUACCAAGUCAUUUUAGAUAUUCACGGCGGGCAGUGAGACUAGUUCAAAGUUAUAAUACAUGUUUUCCUAUCGAUUUGCUAUGAUAAUUCAAAUACCCGUUCCGGACUCGUGCAAACUAAAUUGUGUAUCGAUAAUCCUACUAAUGAAUGUUUUGAAAAGAUACCUCAAGUUCUCGUUGAAAAGGUCUUCGCAACUACAAGGCACGAUGGCGGCGGCGACACAGGUGCUUGCAUGCGAUUCUACAUCUAUUGUCUUUUCUUUAGACGACCAGGUAGCGAUCAGCUCACCUGAAACCCUCGCAGCCUUGCGUACCGCAGCGUCCUGCCUCAAAGAUUUCCUUCCAGUCGCUUUUCCUACAGAAACCGUUUAUGGGCUGGGUGCUAUUGCUCUAAACGCGGCCGCAGCCCUGAAGAUAUUCUCUACCAAAGGCCGGCCAGCUGACAACCCUCUCAUCGUACAUGUGUCCUCGCGGCGUAUGCUACAGACUUUGCUUCCACAAAAUUAUGCGCUCUCGCCUUCUUACGAGUUGCUCAUAGAGCACUUUUGGCCCGGACCCCUCACGCUACUUUUCCCCUGCGACCAUAGCCUGAUACCCGAUGUCAUUACUGCUGGCCAGCCAACUGUCGCAAUCAGAAUGCCAUCACAUCCAGUAGCACGAGCACUUAUUGCUGUCACCGAUGCACCGCUCGCAGCUCCAAGCGCCAACUCCUCCGGAAAACCUAGUCCCACCCGUGCAGAGCAUGUGUUGAAUGACUUGAAUGGCAAAAUCACAGUCAUUCUAGAUGGUGGCCCAUGUGAAGUUGGUCUAGAAAGUACGGUAGUGGACGGUCUACAUGAAGAUGGAAAUAUUCGCAUCCUGCGACCUGGCGGAAUUACAGUAGAAGACAUUAAACGAGUGCUCGUUAAUGGCUUCUCCGAUGUCGAUAGACCAAUACCCCAGAUCCUCGUGCAUCGUCGUGAUUUUCGUGACGACGCAUUGGAACAGGCACCUACUACACCUGGCAUGAAAUAUCGUCAUUAUUCUCCCUCAGUGCCAGUGACGCUGAUGCGCAUAUCCGAUGCUCCCCUUGGAAUAGAACCUCUUAGCCCCUCCGCUUUUCUGAAGGAUCUCAAGCGUUCAAUACCACAUUCUCCUGACACUCUCCGCGUCGGGUUAUUGAUGCCUUCGGAUUCUAUUUUGAUGAAAUCUCUCAUCAGCGAUACGACCAUUCAGUGGCAUGAGUUUCCUUUGGGGCUGGUUUCGGAGCCGGCAAUUAUUGCAAGGCGGCUAUUUGAUGGACUGUUGACAUUAGAAAGGGAUGGAGUGGACUUGAUAUUAGUGGAAGAAGUUCCAGAAGAAAAUGAGGGCCUGGCAAUCAUGAAUCGGGUCAAGAAAGCAGCUGGAAGCUCGCAGUGGAUCACUAUUCCCUAGAAAUCGCACGAAUGUGGCUGUGUUUACAUUGCUUAUAAUUUUAAUCAAACUAGACAUGCAAUUAAAAGGCUGAGUAGUGUGUUUCACUCCCCGCCAG